GUCGCCUUUGCAUUAUUUUAAAAAUCGAACCAUGGCUGCGCGUCUGUACUUGGCUUUUUAGUUGUGUUUUCCCCGAAGAACGAGUCUUUCACAUUGGAGCCCGGGGAGCAAUAAAUACUGGGAAGCAUCUGGUUCCGAAUUGACUUCGGAAAGGAAUCUUCCUGGAACGCUGCAGCCAACUGUUUUGACUUUGUAGCGCUUAAGCGCUGCGGAGUGUGGACAGCCAUCACUCGAAAGGGACGAAUUCGAAAUUCGAAGAAAUUUUGCCACAGAGGAUCUACGUAAUGGCCUGCCCCUGCAACAUGCGCCGCAGCCUCUCCCGGAUGACUAAUUCCCAAAAUCAUCCGGAUAUUCGGGCUCUCUUCCCUGGGAGACUGGGAGAACGGGAGCGAGGAGAACGGGAUGCACGAUUACGCCAUCCAGUGUUUUCUUCUGGAGAUGGGCACUGACAGCGCUGCCGCUGGCUGCCCGCCCGGGGCGGCAGCGCUGAGCUGGAUUUAGUCGGCGUCGGGCAUCCAAGGCGAAAAUAUCCUUUAUGGCAUCACCGAAAAUUGUGACGAAAUACCGAAAAAAAGAAGAAGGAGAAACUGACCAGUCGGCCUCCGAGGCGGUGGGCGGUGCGCACCACCAUUCCCCAACAGCGUCUCCAGCACGACGGCCGCCUGGCGGGGACCAGACUGGACAUCCUUCCCGGCCAAGGACACCAGGAGCCUGUUUCCCUGAAUAUGGAGUCGGUCGUCCCCGCGGACCAGCAGUGCGCUGAGCAACUGGCGGAACAGCGGAAAUAGGACGUGCCGGCACUCUUCUAGCAAUCAGCGGAAGAGCGGACGACGGCCAUGACGCCCUGGAGUUCUGGCUGAUGCCGGGCUAAUUCGUGCAGCGCUGACCGCGGACCAGUCCGACACACAGCCGGCUCCGUCACGCGCAGGAUCGCCGGGAUGAUCCGGGACCCUGGAAUUCAGUGAGAUUGCAACUGUACACAACUAAAUCAAUAUCUGGCUCAACUGGACGGAAAGGACAGGAUCAUCUGCAGCUGAUCGAGGCGCUGCCUCGCUGGAUUCUGUGCUGAUCCGGUGCUGCAAAUACGCGGCUGCUGGCGUUGUGCCUGUUUUCUGCAGGAUCACCUUGGCGAGGACACCGACCACUACCAGCUGCGUGGCAUCUGGUCAAUCUGGUUGAGCAGCUGGCGGAACAGCGGAAGGAGCACGCGCCGGGCCUCUCAUAACGAUCAGCGGAAGAGCGGACGACUGCCCGGAUUCUGCAUGGCUGAUAGCGGGCUGCGCGCAGCGCUGACCGGACCAAGAUCCGACACGCAGCCGGCUGCAUCACGCGCAGGAUCGCCGGGAUGACGGGACACGGAUGUGGCCGAUGACGGCGCAGCCUGCAGUUCAGUGAGAUCUAAAUUGUACCAAAUGAAAUCAAUCAGCAGAUGAAUGUAUUCAUUUAAAUUUCCAUUAAAGCCAUAAUAAAUUUUAAAUGGCACUACAUUAAUUUAAAUUAAUAGGUUGAAUUUAAACAGCAACCACAGUGACCGACGCCUUACAGCUAUCAUAAGUGGAAAUUAACUGGGAGUUCUGCAAACUAAAUUAAAUUAAUGUUAUUUAAUUAGAGGAAAGUCCGAACUCAUUUUCAGUACAACUACAUACUGGCUCAACAGGAUGAAAAGGACAGGAUCAUCUGAAGACGAUCGAUGCGCUGCCUCGUUGGAUUUGCACGCUGAUCCGGUGCUGCGCAAACUCUGCGGCUCGCGUUGCGCCUGUUUCUGCAGGAUCAUCUGGGCGCGGACACCUACCAGCUCGGUCCAUCUGGUCCGCAUGAUCCCCAGCUCUCCCAGCCUACGGGGACGACCCGUCAUCCUCAACGCGAUGCUGCUCUAUUCCCCGGUCUUGCUCCGCUCAUCUAGCGCUGCUGCUGCUUUCUUCGGCACGAGUGGAAGGCGCGGCGAUAAACGGCAAGGCCAUAUGGUGUUACGGCAAGGUUAUCGUUAUUCUGCUGGCCGCCGCUGCAAUGUCUCCGUGCUGGAUAACAGGCACUUGCCUGUCACCGACGUGGUUGACGCUUCUUAUUCUGCUGCAGCUUCACUGCUCCAACGGAUGUUCCCUUCAGCAGCCGACGGCCGCCAACCUGAAGGACAUGCUGGCGAAGGCCAUGCCGCACCAGCAGGACGACCGCGCCGUAUUCCCGGGCUUGGCGGUGAAUAAAUUCUUGACGGAAUGCGUGAUGUACCGGCCGUGUUUAGGGCAGGACGCGGCGUUUCACUGCCGCGUUCCGGCCGAUGUCGACUGGCGCCAGGUGUCCUGGGUGCACCAACACUGGGCAGUAUUCAAAGGAGGAAAGCCGCAGCCGUUGCCGGAGAGGGACACCACGGGACAGACCUACAGCUUCACCCGCGUCAACGACACCCUCACUAUCUUCGUCCGCAACGUCACCAUGCGCUCCGGCGGCCUCCUGCAGUGCGUCAUCGACCCACCCUACAUCCGGCAGCGCCGCAUCCUGCAGCGCUUCCUCAUUCUCCCGCUGAUCACGCAGCGCCGCGACGUCUUUGCCGUGGCCGACGAGAGUAACGUGACGGCCAUCGAGGGCGAGGAAGUCACGGUGCAGUGGCACAUCCGGCUGCCGGUUCCCGAAGGCCUUCUCCUGAACCUGCCCAACCAGUUGAUGUGGGUGCAUCAGGGCCGUAUCGUCCGCGGUCCUUGGGAAGCGCCGUACCGGCUCCCAAUGCCCCCCGGCGAAGGACCGCGUGACGUCGAAGCUAACUACAAUUUGUGCAUCAACAGCCCCGGGCAGCUAUUACAGGUGGAAUUACACUUUCGAGCAGUCGCGCUGGCCGAUGAAGGAUCGGUCCAGUGCUGGUUCCGGCCCCACCUGGGCGUCCAUGAGUGGAUUGUACAGACGAGGACGCUGAUGGUUAUUCCCAAGAACAGCACGCAGGAAAGCGGCGUUGAUCCCGUAUAGGAUGGACUCAACGGUUGAGACGAUAACAACCCGCUUUGCUGGCGGAGUUGACAGUUUGUAUAUGAUUAUUGAUUGGAUUUCAUGUUUUUGUAAUGGCGGGUUAACUGGAAGUGAUCGGGAAUUGCGCCCGCUGAUUUAUGAAAUUGCAUAAAUCAUAAGAACAUUCAGUUCACCAUUUGCCUGUACUCGGAGUUCCUCGUCGGUGAGAACAUCGUCGGAAUAGAAACAACUGUUUUUAACAAGUCUAGUUAAGUGGAUCGCGAAGCAGCUUUUCACGCUUCGAUCGCAACCUGAGUGUACCGGCAAAUAACACGAGUAUCAGUAGAAGUAUCGAACUGUUCGAUAAAUAAAAUGAAA